AUGAAUAAAAUGACAAUUCAUGAAAUGAAACAAAUUUUAGAAUAAAAAAUUGAUUUUAAUUGUUAAGCUACUUAAAUUGCCAUGAAUAAAUUAGGUUUAAGUUAAAAGACAUUUUAAAAGAUUAGUUAUUUGGAAUAUAUGACUUAAAAUAAUAGCUAGUAAGAUUAUUUUUCAUAUUUACAUUCGAUUGUAAUGAACAUUAAAAAAUUGCAGUAAGAAAUAGCUAAAAUGAAUUUAAAAGAUAAAUCUAUUGAUUGUACAGAACCAGAAAAUAUAGAUGAGAUUAUAGCAUUAUUGGAUUAACGAAUGUAAAAGAAAAUAACUAGCAACAGUUAACCUCGUAUAAUAUCAUACAGAGAGAAAACUUUAGAGAGAGAUGAGAAGAAAUCAAGAAUUAUAAAAAUGAAUCAUUAAUAGAUAAAAUCAAUAACAGAGAGAACAAUUUAAUAGCAACAAUCGCCACCUAAAGAUCAAAAUACUUUCAUUUCUCAAAAUACAGAAAGAAUCAUACACAAGAGUAAAGUUGUGCAUUAUGGAUAGAGUUGACAAUUUCCAAUAAUUAAAGUGUUGCUGAUUUGUAUUCUAAACAAUAAGCUUCAAUUGAAGCAAGUACUAUGGAAUAAUUAAAUGAAUCAUUACGUAAAUAAAUACCUGACAAAAAUCAAAUAAUAAUGACAGGAAUUCGUUAAAGAUUGAAGGAUAGCAAUUGUAGCAAAUAAGCUAUUGAUGAGUUUAUGAAUAGAAUUGCUAAAUUAAGAAGUGUAUCAUAAUAAUCAAUAGAAAGUAAUAGGAAGAUCUCAACCUAAGCAAUCAAAUUUGUAAAAAAGAAGAAUUCUAAUGUCAUAACAACAAAAUUAGGAAUGAUGUUGAAAAAAGAAAAACUAAUUCUUCCUGAGGAACCUAUAAAAGUUCAUCAAUUAAAAAUAGGAAGUAUUAUGGGUGUAAUCUCGAGAAUUAAGAAUCAAAAAUCAAAAUCUAAAAUAUAUUAACAGCUCAAUAAUGAGAUCUAAUGA